UGAAAUUUCAUUCUUGAAACCUUCAAUCUACUUCUAGGUUCUAACUCUCUUAAGCUACACACAAGGCCAGACAGAUUCAGAGAGCUCCUGAAGAUUGUUACUGCUCCUUUCAGAUAUGAAGCGGUUUAGUAGUUCACAUUCUUUGGGUCCUUUGCUUUAUCCACCUGAAGAGAUGAAUCCCAAGAAGCACAUGAAUUACAGUAGUGAGUUUCAAGCAAUGUUGGAUGGUUUUGAUGAUGAAGACAGCACAGAGGAAAGUGGCCAAACGUCUGAGAAGAAAAGGCGAUUGAGCAUUAAUCAAGUGAAGGCAUUGGAGAAGAUCUUUGAGGUUGACAACAAGCUUGACCCAGAGCGAAAGGUGAAAUUAGCACAGGAAUUAGACCUCCAACCACGGCAAGUGGCCAUUUGGUUCCAAAACCGCCGUGCCCGUUGGAAGACCAAGCAAAUGGAGAGAGACUAUAACCAUCUCAAGGCCAAUUAUGAAUCUCUGAAGCUCAAUUAUGAUAAACUCGAGCAAGAGAAAGAAACUUUAAUUACAGAGCUAAAAGAGCUAAAAUCAAAGCAUCCAAAGGAACACAAAGAGAGCAGUCACUGUGACAAGGAACCCAUGUUUUUGAAGCCACAAAACAAUUUCUUAGAGCAAAGCCAGGGCUCUCCUACUAGGCUCUGUGCUCAACCUCAACCAGCCAAAUCAAUCCACGAAGUCUACCACAACAUAAAUUUGAUAGAGAACACUGGGUUAAUGGAUUUCAAAGACAGGUUAUCAGAUAGUGAUUCCAAUGUAGUCAUAAAUGAAGACUGCAAUCUCCAUGGUCACCAACUGAUAUCACCAGCUUUAUCUUCCUCAAGAUUCGAUUUUUCGUCGCCGUCUUUGUUUACACUGAUGAAUUAUCCUCAGUUUUUGGAUUCAAGAGGGAUUUCACCGAGAGUGUAUCAUCAACAACAAUUCAUGAAGAUGGAAGAUCAAAGUUUAUAUAGUACAGAGGAGUCCUGCAACAUCUACUCUGUUGAUGAAGCACCCUCCCUUUAUAAAUACUGAUCCAUAAUGGCUGUGGCCUAUAGUUGAUAUAUGUAGAAG